AUGUCUAUGAACUUUGAUGAUUGCGCCGUUGUCCGAGACGGAUUCCCCCGCCCGUUUCCCAACACGCCUUCAAAUGUCUUGGAGCAACUUCGCAUGGAUGGAAAGGUAGUCGUUGUCACUGGAGCGGCCGAUGGGAUCGGAUUUGCUGUGGCAGAGGCGAUUGCUGAGGCUGGUGGCCAUGUGGCUUUCUGGUAUAACUCAAAUGAUGUUGCAAUCCAAAAAGCAAAGGACUUGGGCACAUCGCAUAAUGUGAAGACAGCUGCUUACAAAGUCGAUGUCUCUGUCUCAACUGAAGUUCAAGAAACCAUCGCCAAGGUAGUGCGGGAUUUUGGCAAAAUGGAUGUUUUCAUUGCCAACGCAGGAAUGGCAAUCUCAAAGCCUAUCCUCGAGCAGACCCUCGAAGAAUAUCGCAAGCAGAUGUCUGUGAAUGUCGAUGGUAUCGUAUACUGCGCAAAGUACGCAGGUGAGGUCUUCCACAAGCAAGGCUUCGGAAACCUGAUCAUCACAUCGAGUAUGAGUGCACACAUUGUCAACGUGCCAACCGAUCAGCCCGUGUACAAUGCCACCAAGGCCUAUGUUACCCACUUUGGCAAGUCCCUCGCGCGAGAGUGGCGCGAGUUUGCUCGAGUGAACAUCGUUUCGCCGGGCUUUUUCGAUACGAAAAUGGGUGCCAGUGGCUUUGCUAUCAAUGAAGCCUACCGUAUGUCCUCUGUGGGACGCCAGGGCCACACGAAGGAGAUCAAGGGUCUUUACCUUUAUCUCGCUAGCGAUGCUUCUACCUACAUGACGGGCAGCGAUAUCCUUAUUGAUGGAGGAUAUGUUUUACCUUGA